UAGUAGGCUGUGCUAAACCAGUUGAGCAAUGACUCUUGCCUGGUCAGUCUCUCCUUGUUGAGCGCUAACAACAGCCUUUGGAAGAAGAACUUAUGACUGAAGCAUUUUCAUAAGGUUGGGAACUGUUUCUCCGUAGAAAACCUAGAAUUGACAUAAAAACGUGGAUUGGCGAGGCAAACAACCGUUAAACACCGAACUCCUGAGACACUAAUUGUGUGGGAGCGUCGUCUUGAACGCCGCUGAAGCGUCAACCUCUCCAGGCGUUCGGCACCAAUACAUCUGCCAGCUAUAGGACGGUUACACGAAACAAACGGCUUGUGUUACUUAGGACACAUUUUAUAAGCAGUGAGCACCUAAUAUCAAUGUAGCACAUGGAUAUGGUGUGGACUGAUAGGGGCUGUUAAAAUUAAUGGGACUUGGUCCAAAAGUGCUACCGUUCAAUUGCGCCGGCUGGAACUGGGGCAGUGAAUGUGCCCAGUCGGCUACGCAUGGAUUUGUCAAUAGAAAGACGACCGACCAACCAACGCAUCCUUUUGUUGUGGUGGAUAAAUUCUUCCACAUUGUAGCUAAAAUUGAAUAUUUUCUUCCAACAAUAAAAAAGACCAACAUUUAUGAGAAUUCAGGGGAAGUAUUUUAACUGGAUCCAAGUGCGUCUAACUCGGGAAUCCUGUCGACUACGGAUUUGAUUAAUCUCUUUCAAAGACAUCCCACUGCUCUCCAAAAACGGUAAAUCUGGAAUUCAAGAUAUAAUUUGAGUCAUAUUCAGUAACAUUUGAACUUCUCGGUACCCAUUGGAAAUAGCCAAUUUUCGACUGCCUUAGACAAGGUGGUUGUUAUACACUUGUUGUUAUUUAAUAGCAUACGUUCCUCUUUCUAGUAUGAUUGGUCAUUCUUUGAUGGAGUGAAUAUAAUUUUGGAUGGAGUAUUUCAGAGUGUUUCAUUAUGAUGUUUGAAUUUUAGAAUUGCUUAAAUUUGCGUUAUAUGGAAUCGAAUUCAUCCUCUGGCUUUAUUUUAGAGUAGGCUUAAUUAAUAGCAAAGUCUUCAUCAGACCAUCAUAAUUACAUUUCUCUAUUGGUGUUAUUGUGAUAGAGAACAGGCUUUAUUUUGACAUUAUGAAGUAGAUAAAGAGAAAAACUAAGCUAAUCACAGCACUGCAUCAUCAUUUCGAUCUUGUAUGGCAUGAAUUAGCGAGUUCAUUUUGAUUUUGAUCACAAGACACUGCACAUUUCAGUGUAAAUAAGAAAAGACCAAGACAAAUUGGCUCCCGAGAGGCGCAGCAGUCUAAGGCGCUGCAUCUCAGUGCAAGAAGGGUCACUACAGUCCCUGGUUCGAAUCCAGGCUGUAUCACAUCAGGUCGUGAUUGGGAGUCCCAUAGGGCGGCGAAUAAUUGGCCCAGCGUCUUCCGGGGUUGGCUGUCAUUGUAAAUAAUAAUAUGUUCUUAGCUGACUUGCCUAGUUAAAUAAAGGUUACAUUUCAUUUUAGUGACUGGUUAAGACUGAUAAUUGAUCCAAAUGUAUUAUGAUUAUCAGAUCAUUCCAUGUCAACACUGACCCUCUAUCAUACUGAUGAUGAGUGUGUUGUUAACAAUUUACCGGAAGUUCUUCUGGAGAGCUGUGAUGUUCUGGAGGUGUGAAUUUCUGUGUUCACACAUUUCAUUAGAACACCUUGCCUCAGCGAGCCGAUUGUCCAUCCCGUGGGGGCUGUGAGGCGCUAUGGGCGCUCCUCUGAGCCUGUAUCACUGCUGAGCCUUGCAGUGACGCCCGCUUUUUACGCUUGCUUAUCGUUGCAUGUCACAUAUUUUUAAGAAUGUCGCGCACCAGGUAGCCUUUUUCGACCUCUUGUCGCACAUGAUGCUGCUACGCGCUGUGAAUACACGCUGCUAGGUGUGAGCGCUAGCGCAGCCGCAGAGGAAAGGCCGUGUCAGUCAUUGGGACUCAAUAAAUCAAAUCAAAUUUAGGCGGUUGAAGACUCAAUAAUGAGUCUUCAACCGUGUUUCCCAUUGUGGAGGAAUGUUUGAGUGAAUGAGUGAGUGUGAGACAGAGAGAGAGGGAGAGAGAGAAUGGGAGAGUCAGUAAAGUGAGUCAGUGAGUGAGCCACUUCCAUGGCUGAAAUAUUAACAACGGAUUUCCUGAUACUGAUGCUGCUGCUUUGGGAGAAGCCCAAAUUCGGGAGGAAGCAGUCAGGCUCAGUUGUCUGGGGACAGGCACCCUGCUGCUGCUGUGUUUAGGACUAGGAAUCUCUGCCUGCGGAGCCGUCCGAUGGAGGAGGAGAUGACAGAGCAGGAGCCUCUGGGUUGGACAGAGGAGCCUGUACCUGAGGUAGGAGGAGAAGGAGAGGGAGAGUUACCGGGCUUAGGAACCCCUACCCCCAGAGACCUGAUGGAGAGCCCGGUGAAGGAGCAUGUUGCACUGCAUCUGUACCCCAACACAGAGUAUCAGAAUGGGGACAAGAUGCCGUUCCACCAUGUGACGGCAGGACUGCUGUACAAGGGGAACUACCUGAGUCACUCUCUGUCUGAGGACAACGACAGUGACCAGCUGGCCAGCAUCUCUGUGGAGGAGCUAGAUGAGAUCCGGGAGGCAUUCAGAGUGCUGGACCGGGAUGGGAACGGGUUCAUCUCCAAGCAGGAGCUGGGUAUGGCCAUGAGGUCCCUGGGAUACAUGCCCAGUGAGGUGGAGCUGGCCAUCAUCAUGCAGAGACUAGACAUGGAUGGAGACGGGCAGGUGGACUUCGAUGAGUUCAUGACGAUCCUAGGACCCAAGCUCCUGUCGUCUGAAACCAGGGAGGGCUUCCUUGGGAGCACGAUAGACAGCAUUUUCUGGCAGUUUGACAUGCAGCGUAUCACCCUUGAGGAGCUGAAACACAUCCUGUUCCACGCCUUCAGAGACCACCUGACCAUGAAGGACAUCGAGAACAUCAUCAUCAACGAGGAGGAGAGCCUCAAUGAGAACUCGGGACACUGUCAGGCAGACUUUGAAGGAAUCCAUUCUAAAAAUAAGAACCGGCAGACGUGCGUGAGGAAGAGUCUGAUCUGCGCUUUCGCCAUGGCCUUCAUCAUCAGUGUCAUGCUCAUCGCAGCCAAUCAAAUGCUGCGGAACGGCCUGGAGUAGCCACGCCCGGCCACGCCCACUGUGAGCGGGAAAAACAAACCUGCAUGUGCAUGAUGACAGUGGGUGAGGUCAUUUCCAGUUUCUUUAGAAGAAAAAAAAACGACUUCAAAAAUGCCUCACUGAUGGUGACAUACAAACAAAAAACACUGACUGAUAAACCACCAGAUUUUUCUGAGUGAAUGACAGUCCGACAUCCAACGACAAUGAGAAGCCAGCAUGAGGAGGCCAGCGAGACCCCUCAUAACCGCUUUACUCUGGCAGGGACAUUCAAGGGCUGACUUUUGCUUACUCUGCUGUCUCUGUUCCCUAAUGCAAUAAAAACACAAGUACAGGAGUUCAGUACUCUUCUUCUCUUCCCUUCCCUACCCAGAGUCUUCAUAUGAAGGUACUUCAGAAGGCGAUUUUUACUUCUUGCCUCAGAAGGCAGAAUUCAUGGUGGAUUGAGACAGGCCCUCAGUGUAUCUGUAUAAGGCAGCAUCCUUGUAGAUUGAGACAUAUCCUCAAUUGUAUCUGUGUGAGAGAGAUUGGAGUUAGGAGUGCCUCCUGCGCUGCAGCCUGAAGAGCUACGGGAUGCACCGCUGCAAUCUGGCUACGCACACACGCACUUAUGCAUGCACUAACACACACACACACACGCACAUUCACACACGCACACACACAUACACACACACACGCACACACACACACAUGCACACACACGCACACACACACACACACACACACACACACACACUGAAUUAAUUGGCCUGUUAUUCUAGUUUCCUGAGGGGAGGUGGAAGCCAGCUCAUCAUUGGAGCAUACAGUAAGGCUUUGGAUGCGACAGGCAUCCACUGUACAUGAUGGUGUCGUCUGCUGUAGGGCUGGUGUUUAAGCUGUUCUAGAAGCUUUCAUCCGGAGUUAAGGAGUGAAAUCGGUUGGUAUUCUUGUGGCCAAUAUUUUCCCAAUAUGUAAAAUGUAAAAAUACCUCACUCUUACUUUCUCUGUGGAAGGUUCUCCAGUGCUAAACAGAACAGUGUUUGGAAGACCAUAGCUGUGAAAAGUCUGGGCUGUACUGUACCUAUGAUGUAAUUCCUCUUGAGGUAGGUAGGUCUGAACUCCUGUAUUGUAUUGACUCUCAUGGUAAUAUUGAAACCACCUUCAGUUUUGCUGAGGACUGCUUGUAAUAGCUACAGUACUGCAUGCGAUCAAGUCCAACGUCGAUAUGUAAAUAUGUAUGUAACCCAUGUUGUUGUUGUCUAAGUGUAUUGGUUGACGGUGUUCUAUGUGCAUGAUUGUUGGUACAGUCUGCUCUAGCAGAUUUAGAGGUGGAGGGAAGGAGAGAGCACUGUGAAACCAGAUGCUAAUGCCUUCCACGUCACAAUACACAGGCAGGUAGACAGACAGACACAGCUCUCUGGUCAAAGCCAUAGAACUCAAUAGAGAUGUACUGAAUGAAGAACACUAAACGGUUGUUGUUUUCUGUUACAAAUGUGUAUUUUUGGUAGGAACAGUCCAUCAUUUGUGGGUUCCUUUACCCACCCUUUUGCACUGUAUAAUAAGUUCCAUCUAUCACCAUGAGCAGAGAGGAGAGUAGAAUCACAGACUGGUGCAAGAGCCCCAUCUAGAGGUUGGCUCCAGAAUUCUGAUAUUUUUUGUAACAAUUUAUGUGCUCUCCUAGCCAGGGUGUUAGUGCAGCCUGCAAACACUUUUUUCCCCCACCUUUAUUUAACCAGGUAGGCCAGUUGAGAGCAAGUUCUCAUUUACAACUGCGACCUGUCCAAGAUAAAAACAAAGCAGUGCGAUACAAACAACAACACAGAGAUACACAUGGAAUAAACAAGUGUACAGUCAAUAACACAAUAGAAAAAAAAGAAAGUCUAUAUACAGUGUGUGCAAAUGCCGUGAGGUAAGGCAAUAAAUAGGCCAUAGUAGCGAAGUAAUUACAAUUUUGCAAAUUAACACUGGAGUGAUAGAUGUGCAGAUGAUGAUGUGCAAGUAGAAAUACUGGUGUGCAAAAGAGCAGAAAAGUAAAUAAAAACAAUAUGGGGAUGAGGUAGGUAGAUUGGAUGGGCUAUUUACAGAUGGACUUUGUACAGCUGUACAAUCUGUUGCUCAGAUAGCUGAUGUUUAAAGUUAGUGAGGGAAAUAUAGAGCCUAAUAUACCCUGAGCUGAGAGUGAGCAGGCCGCACUAACGCCAUGGACCAGAGCUAGAGCUCCGCCAACAUGGUGUCGCUCUGCAUACGGUAGUGCUCUCAUUUAUUACACGAAAGUUAUGCGGAAAUGUUAGCUGAAUUAUCCAUCCCUUGUAUUCAGAUGUAUAAUCAUCAGAACGUGAAAUGUUGAAGUAUAAUAUUAGGAUUCUUAUCUAUCUAAUCUGUAUUGAACGUUUUAUGAAAUGGUGAAUGUUCUACCAAAAUAAAUGUUGGUUCGAUUAACUGCACUGUUUGUGGAACAUACCGUUGAAGUCAGAGUCAUUAAAACUCGUAUUUCAACCACCCCACAAAUGUCUUGUUAACAAACUAUCGUUUUGGCAAGUCGGUUAGGACAUCUACUUUGUGCAUG